AUGCAGUGCUACACGGAGCUCACUCCUCCAACCGCAGUGACACAUUCUUUAGCACUACCUUUCCUAUCGGCCUCCGCGAAUAACCUCGUCGUUGCAAAGACAUCUCUGCUGCAGAUUUUCUCGCUAAAGUCUGUCGUUACCCAUGCCAAUGACAGUUCAAGCCGCAUUGCCCAGAUCGCAAGCCAAAAUCAGCGAGAGGAUGCCAACGGUCCCGACUCCUCCCUUCCCCAUUCUGCAACCGUGAAAGGCGAUCGUCAACAUACAACCAAGUUAGUAUUGGUAGCACAAUUUGAGCUCGCGGGAACUAUCACCUCUCUCGCUCGCGUGAAAAUCUUAAGAUCUAAGUCUGGUGGCGAAGCUUUGUUGGUUGCUCUGAGGGAUGCAAAACUCAGCUUGGUGGAGUGGGACCCAGAAAGAUAUAGCAUUUCCACGAUAUCAAUACAUUACUACGAAAGCGAAGAUAUACUGAGCAGCCCAUGCGAGCCUGAUUUGGGAUCGUGUGUCAAUUACCUGAGCGUGGAUCCAAGCAGCAGAUGUGCGGCUCUGAAGUUUGGGGUCAGACACUUGGCAAUAAUACCGUUCCACCAAGUCGGAGAUGACCUCGUUAUAGAUGACUACGAUUCUGAGUUGGACGGAGAGCGACCAGAUAGAAAGCAAUCUACCUCCAAAGCUGCUGCUGAAGGUGGUCCAGAUGAGAAGACGCCUUAUGCUGCGUCUUUUGUGCUAUCACUGCUGGCUCUUGACCCUUCUCUAUCUCAUCCAAUACACCUCUCCUUUCUAUACGAAUAUCGGGAUCCCACGUUCGGCAUCCUAUACUCGCAAGUAGCCACGUCGUCAGGCUUGCUUCAUGAGCGGCGCGACAAUGUUUCUUACGCAGUCUAUACUCUUGAUCUAGAACAGCGCGCUUCGACGACUUUGUCGUCAGUCAACAACCUUCCAUACGACCUUUUUGCAGUGGUACCUCUUUCACGCCUUGUGGGAGGAGCAUUGCUAGUGGGCGGUAAUGAGAUGAUUCAUGUCGACCAGUCCGGCAAAACCAAUGGUGUAGCUGUCAACGACUUUGCCAAGCAAUCUACAGCUUUGGCGAUGCUCGACCAGUCUGACCUGAACAUGAGAUUGGAGGACUGCGUGGUCAAGCAGCUUGGGCAUGAUAACAGCGACUUGCUGAUUAUACUCAGUACGGGUGAACUUGCCAUCCUUUCUUUCAAGAUCGAUGGUAGAUCGGUAUCUGGACUCUCGAUACGCCGCGUGCAACCCACGGACGGUGGAAAUGCCAUCCAUACUAGUCCAUCGUGCGCAUCAAUCGUUGGGCGCAGUAGGAUGUUCGUCGGCAGCGAAGAUUCAAGUUCAUUAGUACUUGGCUGGUCUCGGAAAUCGGAACGUUUAAAACGAAAACCCUCUCGAACGCAGAUGGACAUUGACGGCGACGAGGAUGAAGUAGACGUUGAUGAGGAAGAGAUUGACGAAGACGAGGAUGACUUGUAUGCCGAGACAAAGCCUGAGACAAAGCGCCAGGAGCAAACCCUGUUAGUAUCAGAUGCCGAUGCGGAGGAAGAUUACACUUUUCGCUUGCAUGAUUCAAUGUUCAACUCUGGACCCAUGACUGGUAUAGCUAUAAGGCAUUCGCUCGCUACAGACACUAAUCUUGCCUUGAAGGCCCCGUCCAAUACUGAACUUCUGAUCGCGAGCGGGCGUGGUAGAGCUGGGGGACUUACAACGUUCCAGCGUGGGGUGACCACGACACAGGUAGAUCAACCCAAGAUCCAGAACGUACAUGGCGUGUGGUCGAUCUGUACGAAGCGAAGUCAAGAAGACGGCCGUGGCGAUAGACACGACAAAUACAUAAUUGCAUCUGUCACUAACGACACAGGUGACGAGAAAUCAGCAGUAUAUUCCAUAAACCCCUAUGACGGUGGUAUUGUAGAACUAUUGGAGACAGACUUUGAUGCAGAUACUGGCGCAACUAUUGAUGUCGGAACGCUGAAUGGGGGAACCAAGAUGGUUCAGGUUCUGCAAACCGAAUUGCGUUCUUAUGACCAAGACCUCGGUCUUGCUCAGAUCUACCCAUUAACGGAUGAAGAGAGCGAUACUGGACCUAAAGCCAUCAGCGCAAGCUUCGCAGAUCCCUAUGUCUUACUCAUCCGAGACGAUUCUAGCGCUGUUGUCCUAACAGCCGAUGAGAACGGUGAUCUUGACGAAGUUUCGCAAUCAGAAGCAUUCAAAGCUGGCAAAUGGUUGUCAGGCUCGCUGUACGAAGACUCCAAUGACAUCCUACGACUGGAAUACCCAGAAGAAAGUGAAGACGAAGCAGGCAAUGUGCUUAUGUUUCUAUUGAACGCAAAAGGAGGCCUACAGGUAUAUCGUCUGCCAAAUUUAAACAAACCCGUCUACCUCGCAGAGGGUCUUAGCUUCUUGCCGCCUUUCUUAUCCCCAGAGUUUAGUGGCCGUCGCUCCUCCGCCAAAGAGGCUCUGACCGAGAUCUUGGUAGCAGAGCUUGGAGAUUCCACCCAUAAAUCUCCAUAUAUGAUCCUUCGCUCUGCAAAUGAGGACCUCAUCAUCUACCAGCCAUACCAAUCACCCAUCGAAGGUAGUAAAGACACAUCACUUAGAUUUCUUAAGAUACCGAAUCCGCAUCUACCGAGGACGCCGAAGGAAGACCCCGCAGACGUCGAAGAAAGAGAACAAGAGCGGCGUCAGCCUCUUCGAUCACUGCAUGACAUUAGCGGCUACAGUGCAGUAUUCAUGCCAGGACAAUCUCCGUGCUUCAUCAUUAAGUCUGCGUCCAGUCCACCAGGAGUCAUCGAUAUGUGUGACGGCUCGGUCAAGAGCCUGACUCAGCUGCAUUCAUCGACCUGUCAGAAAGGAUUCCUCUACAUCGAUGGAGAAGGCAUAACUCGCGCAGCUCAACUUUCUUCGCAAAGUCGGUACGAGACAGGCUGGGUUACAAAAAGAGUCCCACUUGGUGAAGAGAUCCAUGCCCUUGCCUAUCACGAGGAGAUGGAUGCCUAUGUCCUUGGCACAUGCACCAUCGUCGAUUUCAAGCUACCAGAAGACGAAUUUCAUAGUCAUUGGACUGCUGAAGAAACCGCAUUCCUCCCUCAAGCUGAACAAGGCUCCAUUAAGCUACUAGACCGCAAAACUUCAUUAAUCAUCGACCACCACUCCCUCUCUCCCUCUGAAGUCGUAACCUGCAUCCAGACUCUCUCCCUCGAAGUCUCCGAACACACCCACGAGCGCCAAAAUCUCGUCUGCGUCGGCACGGCCCUGCUCCGCGGCCCAGACCUCCCCUCUCUAGGCAACAUCUACAUUUUCGCCGUUAUUCCCGUCGUGCCUGAACCCGACCAUCCAGAAACCGGUCGUGCCCUCAAGCUCAUUGCCAAAGAAGAAGUCAAAGGCGCCGUGACCUCCGUCUCUGGAAUCGGCACGCAGGGAUUCUUACUAGUAGCACAGGGGCAGAAAUGCAUGGUCAGGGGAUUAAAAGAAGAUGGGUCACUGUUGCCCGUGGCGUUUUUGGAUAUGCAAUGUUAUGUUAGUGUGGUGAGGGAUUUGGAGGGAACGGGAUUGUGUUUAAUGGGGGAUGCCGUGAAGGGGGUUUGGUUCUGUGGAUAUACGGAGGAUCCAUACCAACUCCGUCUCUUCGGCAAAUCGCCCCACGCAAUCGAAGUGAUAACAGCCUCCUUCCUCCCUUCGGACAAACAGCUCUACAUAGCCGUCGCGGACGCAGACUGCAACAUCCACAUUCUGCAAUUCGACCCUGAGCAUCCCAAAUCCCUCUCCGGCCACCUCCUCCUCCACCACACCACCUUCCACACCUCCCACUACCCCUCAACAAUGACUCUCCUCCCCUCCCCCUCCCCCUCUCCCUCCGCCACCGCACCGGUCUCGGGCCCAAUACUCAUAACGACCCAAUCCGGCUCCCUGGCCCUGCUAUCACCCCUCUCACCAUCCGCACACCGCACACUCUCAAGCCUGCAAUCGCAUCUCCAGAACACCCUACCGCACGCUCUGGGGCUGAAUCCGAGAUCGUACCGGCUACCCAGUUCGGGGAGUCUGGGCAUGGAUGGAGGGAUGGGACGGGGAGGCGUCGUGGACGGGAAUGUGUGUAAGCGGUGGAUGGAAGGUGGGAGCUGGAGGAGGUGGGGUGGUGAUGGUGCGGAGGAGGGCGAGGAAGGCGUUCGGAGGCUUUUGAGAGAGGUUGCUGGGCUUGGGAUUUUGUGA